AUGACAACCGCUACAGCCUCGCUGCGAGGCCACCGCGCUCCGCUCUUCUCUCUUUCGCUCUUUACCUUCGCCUUCGAGAGCAGCCCACCGGUGUCCGUGGCCGUGGCCUUCGACCCCUCGUGGGUGGGCACCACGGACCCGGAGGGCGGCGCCUACGGCGUGCGCCAGGCGCUGAGCCCCGACCGCACCGCCAGCCGCACCCUCGACCCCGCCCUCCUGACCUCCGCCGACCCACAGCAGUGGGCACUCCUCCUCGCCUCCUCCCAAGGCUCCAACUACGCCGAGAGCGCCGUGGCCUACUUCAAUGGGUCCUCGUCGCUGGUCGAAGUGAUCCGGGACUGGACGGCGGCCGGCGGCCUCUUCGUGCAGGCCGGACGCGAUGCCGCGGUGCUCGGCCAGCUCUUCUUCGAUUUCGACUACGCGCAGGCCUCGGCCGCCUCAUCAUCGCCCGCCCUCGCGACCUCCGCCGUCGCCGGCACGCCCUACGCCGCCGCUGCCGCCGGUCUCCCGGCCCUCGCCGCAUCGUGGGAGGUGGUCGGCGUGCCCGACCAGUAUUGCCUCUACUCGACCGCGGCGGACGACGCGGCCCAGCCAUGCUCGGUGGUGCGGCAGAGCUACGGCGCCGGGCGGGUGAUCUAUCUCGCCUGGGACUUUGCCGACGCCGCGCCCGACGGCACCCAGGACGGCGCCGCGUGGGUGGACCUCCUCCACACGGCCGUCCUCGCCGAUGCGCCCUCGGCCCCACUCGCUGUGUCGUCGCCGUCGCCCUCACCUUCGCCGUCGCCGUCGGCCGUGGUGAGCGAGGUGUCGCCGUCGCCGUCGGCUGCGGGGAGCGAGGUGUCGCCGUCGCCUUCCCCGUCCUACGUGCCGUCGCCUACGUCGUCGGCGUCGCCGUCGGCUACGCCUUCGCCGCUCUCACCGACGCCGUCGCCGUCGUUGUCGUCGUCGCCCACCUUCCACCACACGCCGUCGGUGGCGUUGACGCCGUCGCCAUCGCCGUCGUUUAACUCUUCGAGCGCGCCCUCACCGUCAGCCACGCCAUCAGCCGGCUCUUCGCACUCGCCGUCGCCGUCGCCCAGCCACCAUGACGACGAUGACGAUGAUGAAGAAGAGGAAGACGAUGGACCGCCGCCGUUCGUCAUGGACAUGACGUGGAUCCUGGCCGUGAUCGUGCUGGCGAUCGUGGUCCUGGUGCUGAUCGCCGUGGGCGUCAAGCUCUACGAGCGCUUCAGCCGCCGGAGAGGCUACGACGAGAUCCCCGCGGCCGACCUGCAGGACCACUACUACGACGAGGCGGAGGAACAGCAGUACGCGCACGGACGCGUGUGA